AUGGUUCACAACUUCACCAUCUCUUCCCCUGAGAACAGCCCCAACACUGAUGGAAUACACCUGCAGAACUACAAAGACGUCAACAUCCACCACACCGACCUGAUCAAAUCUUUACGUGGAAAGAAAGAGAAACAUCACACCUUGUGCAAUGCAGGUGAUGAUUGUGUUUCCAUCCAGACAGGCUGCAGCGACAUAAGCAUACAUAAUGCGAACUGUGGACCAGGCCAUGGGAUCAGCAUUGGAGGACUAGGAAGGUACAAUACCAAAGCAUGUGUCUCCAACAUCACUGUAAGAGACGUCAGCAUGUUCAAAACAAUGACCGGUGUCAGAAUCAAGACCUGGCAGGGUGGAUCAGGGUUGGUGCAAGGCAUAAGAUUUGCAAACAUACAGGUGUCGGAGGUCCAGACACCGAUCAUGAUCGACCAGUUCUACUGUGAUAAAAGGGCUGCGGCAGGGGCAUGCACGAACCAGUCCUCGGCGGUGGUGGUUUCAGGCGUCCAGUACGAGAACAUCAGGGGCACCUACACGACGAAGGCCACCCAUUUCGCGUGCAGUGACAGCGCCCCGUGCUCAGAGAUUACCAUGGCCGGGAUACAGCUCCAGCCCCUAAUGGUGCUGCCAGGGCACCACCCGUGCAGCAGCAGCAGCAGCAGCAGCAGCCCCUUCUGCUGGCAGGCCUUUGGGGAGCUGUAUACGCCCACCGUGCCUCCCAUGCCUUGCUUGCAGACUGGCAAGUCAGCCGGGAACCGGGUGCUGUCGGACCAUGAACAAUAUUGA